ACUCAUUAUAUAAAAGUCUGGCGUUUUAGUCCCGCAACACCAUCAGAAGUUAGAAAUGUCAGAAGUCGUUGACAUGAGGAACGACGCUGGAAAUAUGACACUUGCUCAUUUGUUUCAUCAUGUGCCGCACAGUGUGACGUCACAAAGGCAUCGGUUGCGUUUUGAAGUUGUUGUUAAAUUAAAAAAAAAAACACGAAAUGGGUUGUAUUAAUGUCAACAUUAAGUGCUGUCAAAAGGACGUGUCUUGAAAAAGAAUAGAUUUAAUUCUUCCUCUCGAGCACACGCUAUAAGGACUUCCCCUAAGAGGAAUUUUUACCUGUGACCACACCUGAACAACAACAACAACGCGACACAAGGAGAACAACUUGAGAGUGUUUUAGUGAGAUUGUAAAGUCAUACCUGAAAGUCGGAGGGCUGCGGUGAACGCCAGUGUCUCUCAGAGAAGCCAAUGGAGGAGCCAAGAUCACAGCUGCCUUUUUGACCUGCAGGAGGAAGUCGCAUAAGCCACUGAAGUCUCCGGUGUGCGUCCCCCCCCCCCCAAAAUGGAGACUCCCAGCAUGCAACAGGACAUCCAGACCGAGGACAGCAGCAGUUGUGUGUCGGCCAAAGAAAAGAAGAGCGGCGAGAGGGAGGAGCCUGAAGGCAACUUCCUGCCGGAAAAGGCCGCCCAGGUGUUCCACUUUGCAGCGACCAGGCCGCUGUCCCCAUCCAGACGAAGUGAAGCAUUGUGGGGGAAGGGGUAUGAGGGUCCUGAGGACACGCCCCAACCCACAGAUGGGCGGGGCUGUCCCAGUAGGGAUAUCUGGAAAGUGGGCGUGUCUUUGAUGACCUCCGCAAUUUUCUUCCCCUUCCUCAUCUGGGGAGGGUUUGUGUUCUUGCCGUUUGACGCCCCCCCGCUGGUUGGCGCCCCCUUGCGGCUGGUCUACACAUUGCGCUGUUCUGUGAUUGCUGCCACACCUGUCAUUUUAGGCUGGCUAGUCCUGGGUGUCAGCAGACUGAGGUUUGGCCUGGUCCGGCCCUCCUUGGACUACGGCGAGGACGAGCAGCAGCCUGAGGGCGUCGGUCUUCACAGAAGCUUCACGUCGGACUCGGUCGCCUUGUUCCUGCUCCACUUCCUGCAGCUGGUUGUCAUGGCGAUUUACCUGCGCCAGGAGCAUCUGAAGCUGGUGCCUCUUCUCGCCAUCAUGUUCGCAUUGGGACGGUUGGCCUACUGGGUGGCGGCCGCAUUCGGCAGCAGCGUUCGAGGUUUUGGAUUCGGUCUGACCUUCCUGCCUAUCCUGGUCAUGGCGACCAUCAACAUGGUCUUCAUCUACGACAAGGAUCCGUCAUGGAUCUUCAGAUUGCCUCACAACAUGGAGGUCUUGGCUCUGCCCACCAGCAGGCAGCGGUUCUGGGGAUGAGGUCACUUCCUGACACUUCCCCCCCGCGUCAAGCACCGUUUUGCCGUGCCAGGAACUUGUUUUCAAAAUAAAACAGGAAAUCGGU